UUUUUUCACUUUACUGUAUUAAUUAUUUUAUAAUUUUUGAACUCUUUAAAGGCUACUUGCGUCUUCUGGUUCCCUUUAUGAAUUAUUUUCUUCUUUCAAUUUUAUUAUUCCUAUUUUCUUUUGCUGCUUCCAAUUCCAAUCAAAAUGGAAAUUUUCUUGUUAUAACUGAUAUUCACAUUGAUGAAAAAUAUAACAAAAAUGGGAAUAGAUCAGAAAUGUGUCAUUUAGAUGAAAAUAGUGAAAAUCAAACACCAAAAGAGGCCAGAGACGCAGGAGGAAAGGAUGCUAUUGGGGCAUAUGGUGAUCGCAAAUGUGACUCUCCACCGUGUUUGGUAUAA